AUGCUGGCAACAAAAGAUUUAUUUAAUCAAUUAGAUGAUUUAUUUGAAUCGAUAAAUUCAAGUCCAGAAACAACGUAUACUAAAUCAACAACUAAUGAAUCAACAAAUUCAACUGAUAUAGAUGAGAUUUAUGAUGAUCAUAAGUCGAUUGAAACAAAUAAUACUUCAAUCUAUGAUAUACAUGAAAAAAAUGAUGUUAAAUUAAAAAUGUUGAAUAAUAAUUAUAAUAACGAUAAUUUAAUGAUAAUAUUAGAUUGUUUAGAAGAUAUGAUAAUACAAGAAUCAAAUCAAAUUGAAAAUGAAUUGAAAUAUCUUAUAAGUGAUCUUUCAAAUUUGAAAUCUUAUAAUACUUAUAAUAUACCAAUGAAAUUAAAUUUUUCAAAUAAUUCUAAAAAAAAAAAUCUCAUUUUAAAUGAAUAUAAACGGUCUUCAAUAAAUUAUUCAAUAAGAAAUUCAAUAAUAUCCGAUGAUUACUCUUUAAGAUCUUUCAGUUUAACGAAAUCAAAAUAA